GGGACCCAGCGGGUCAGACCGUGCCCCUAGGCACGCAGCCCGGUCCGGCCCGCUGGGUCCCCGCUGUGGGCGGGACCGAACUCGUCGGCGGCUCCUCCAGGCGGGUGCAGGUUGCGGAGAGAUGGCGGCGGGUACCGGGAUGGUGUUCCGGGUCCUGGGGAUCGCCACAUCGGUGCUGAUGGCUGUGGCCCAUGGACCGGGAGGUUCGGCAGAGAAACGCUGCUUCUGCCAGGUUACUGGUCAUUUAGAUGACUGCACUUGUGAUGUAGAAACCAUUGAUGCCUUCAACAACUACCAGCUUUUUCCUAAACUGAAUAAACUUCUGGAAAGUGACUAUUUUCGAUACUACAAGGUAAACCUAAAGAAACCUUGUCCUUUUUGGAAUGACAACAGUCACUGUGGGAUAAGAGACUGUGCAGUAAAGCCCUGCCCAUCUGAUGAAGUCCCUGAUGGCAUCAGGUCUGGAAGUUACAAGUACUCAGAAGAAGCCAACAACCUCGCUGAAGAAUGUGAAGAAGCCAAAAGACUUGGAGCUGUUGAUGGCUCUUUAAGUGAGGAAACCCAGCAGGCAGUGCUCCAGUGGACACAGCACGAUGACUCUUCAGACAGCUUCUGCCAGGCUGAUGACAUCAGCUCUCCUGAUGCAGAGUAUGUGGAUUUACUCCUGAAUCCUGAACGCUACACUGGCUACAGAGGACCUGAUGCCUGGAAGAUCUGGAACAGUAUUUAUGAAGAGAACUGCUUCAAGCCUCAGAAUGUAAAAAGACCUUUGGCAUCUGGUAGAGGAGAUGAUGGAGGGCACACGUUUUACAAGUGGCUGAAAGGUGUCUGCGUAGAAAAAAGAGCUUUCUACAAACUCAUUUCUGGUCUCCAUGCAAGCAUCAACAUCCAUCUGAGUGCCAGGUACCUUCUACAAGAUACCUGGGCACAGAAGAAAUGGGGCCCAAAUGUUACAGAGUUCCAGCAGAGGUUUGAUGAAGUCCUGACCAGAGGGGAAGGUCCCAGAAGACUCCAGAACCUGUAUUUCCUUUACCUGCUGGAGCUGAGGGCCAUGUCCAAGGUUCUGCCAUUCUUUGAGCGCUCAGCAUUCCAACUCUACACAGGGAAUAAAACUCAGGAUGCAGAAAUGAAAACCCACUUGCUGGAAGUUCUCCAUCUGGCCAAGUCUUUCCCACUGCAUUUCAAUGAGAACUCAUUCUUUGCAGGGAAUAAAAGGGAAGCUGCUAAGCUAAAGGAGGAAUUCAGGCUGCACUUCAGGAAUAUUUCCAAGAUAAUGGACUGUGUUGGCUGCUUCAAAUGUCGCCUGUGGGGCAAGUUGCAGACACAGGGCUUGGGCACGGUGCUGAAGAUUCUCUUCUCUGAAAACCUGAUAGAAAAGAUACCUGAGAGUGGCCCUUCCUAUGGAUUCCAGCUGACCAGACAAGAAAUUGUUGCCUUAUUUAAUGCUUUUGGAAGGGUUUCCACAAGCAUUAGGGAGCUGGAGAACUUCAGGAACAUCUUACGAAAUAUGCAGUGAAUUUCUUGGAGAAAGAGAGACUGGAAGUUUUACUGCUGGGCAGCUCUGGGUUCUCUACAACUGGACAAACACCAGCAUUCCAUCCCGUGCUCAUAACCACCAAAAGCUGAAGACCACUUGUGGGACAUCCUGCUCCCAGCUGAGAAGUCUGUAACCUGCUGAGGACAAGUAUUUUGGUUAAGAAAAAAAAAAAAAAAAGCCACUUAAAAAACGUGAGGACUGUAUUUAAAGUUUAUUUUAUGUAUUGGAAGAUCAGUCUGAAGAACUGCUUUCAAAAUUGCAGUGCUGUUUUGAUGGAUUACACUCCAAAAGCUGGAGGUAGAGCAAGAACUGUGCCACUGAAUAAAGUUAUGGAAAUUU